GCACCACAACCUUUUGACAUAUUGACAAAUUAAAUUUCAAAAAACCAAACUGAAUUUUUCUCGUACCCAGCUCGGUUCUUUGUUUUUAUCUGUUUAACAUUGCCCCAGAAAAUUGUUGGAAUAAUGGAAGUAUUUCAAUUCGAUAAGAGUAUGAUGGAUCGAUUAGAGGAAGCACAAAAUGUUUUGAGCUGUAAUAAAGUGAUUCCGGCUAGCAGAGUAGUGGAAGAAUGGAGUUACAACGUUGAAUUGUUAAUUGAGCCAGCAGGUUGGCAGGCGAUUUGGAAAAUAUCGCGUGUAAUAUGCGAAGAACUUAAAAUACAAUACCCGACAACCGUUUACGGCACAGUCACAAAUGUUUUGUUCAAAGAAAUGAAAGCCAUCUUCUCCAUAAUUGCAAUCCAAGACGAUGACAUUCAUCUACCUGAGGAGCACGAAGUGCCAUUAAUAGAUUUGUGGCCAACAAAGGUGCAAGAAAAUCCCGCUAUUAAUAUUGAAGCAACAGCCAAUUGUGUCGACAUGGUCAGAUUCUUUUUCAAAAAUCUGUGGAUGCCAUGGGACGCUGAUAAUGACGAGGACAUUGAUUGGGCCACCAAGUGUUUAGAAUCUCGUAUGCGUUUCUGUUACGAUCUUAAAGCGGACAUGAGUCCUGCAUUAGCAUCGUAUAUCCGUGCGUUAAUUGUCGAAGCACAGUACAUUCAACGUCGACGAGAAUACUUGGAAUUGGAUAUAAGCGACGACGAAGAUAUGAAUGAGAAUAAGGCAGAAAUUACCGAUCUGAUGAGUCUUCAUGUGCGAUUGGCGACCAUAAAACAUGAAAUUAAAAUGUGGGAAAAUCCGAAAUUGCGGAAAGUUUUCGAACCGAUCCGGUUUCCGCCACGGCAACCUGGGAGCAUUUCUGUUGUCGUGGAACGUACAGCUGUUUUGCCCAAGCACAUUCGAGAUUUGCAAAGGGCCCACGAAAUCAUCGGCGAUGAGAAAACCACCGAAUUGAGUUCAUCAUUGCAGGAGUGCCUCAUGAAUUGUGGCACCGCUGGGCACAUAUACCUAGCUGGAGGAUUGCAUUCGAUAAAGUUUUUAGAAAACUUGAACAAUUCGAUCGUGGGACUGGUCCCGUGUGAUAAUUCAAUUGAUUUGCGAUUAAAUGAGAAUCUCGCCGAUACCAAGCAGCCGGUGAUUGCGGCAAAGGAAUUCGAAAAUAUUUUGCUAACAUUGACCGGAGACGUGAAAAUUAACAAUGUGAUAUUGGACUGUCGGAAGGUGCGAACGGGAAUUUUAAUCCGAGACGGAUCGGUUCGAUUCGAGAAUUGUACGUUCAUCGGAGACAAGUCAUCAGCUACAUCGACUGCGAUUGUAAUGUUUGAAACCGCAAACGUUUCUUGUGACAAUUGUGUCAUCAAAGACUUUGCAACCGGUAUUGCUAUGCGUGAAUCCGGCACAACCACAUCGGGCUCAUCUUCGCUCAUUUUGACUAAUUCGAUAAUUACCAAUUCGACCACUGGCAUAGAUUGCAAUGAAGGAUCCUGCAUCAGGUUUAAGGGCUCCAAAAUCAUCAACUCAACGCAUUAUGGUGUGAUAGCAUCGUGCGGAAAGAUAGCAACAGAUAAACUACUUCUUUCCGAUAUUCUUGAAGCAAAGCAGCAUAACAUCCCCAUCAACGGUGAAUGCCAGUUCACAAACUGUACGCCCAACAACAUUGUCGUAUUCAACAGAAACGAUAUGUGUUUGCUGAAGAAUGCUGCCAGCAAAACGGAAGUGAUCGGCGAUUUCAAUGUGAUCGAUUAUUCGUCCGAGAUGGAAGAUUGUAAUCAAACAAAUGGCAUCGAUACAUCUGCGGAACAAGAUUGUUCGGUUAUUGUUGUGGAUGACUAGUAACUGAGUGGUUGAGUUUGAUCCUUUUUUUAUAAAUUUUUGUUGCGGGUCUAUGCAUUAGCAUUACAGUGAAUAACUUUUCGU